AAUUCGGAGAAAAUUACUAGGGUUUUCCGCCGCCCAUAAAAUCCUCCAACCGAUCUCGUCUCCCCUUCCAUCUCGCCACCUCGAUUCGAAACCAACCUCAGGUCUCGUCUCGUCUCGUCUCGUCCCCGUCCCCGUCUCCCUCGCCAGGAAGAAGCCGCCGCCGAUGGCGCUCCCGAAUCAGCAGACGGUGGACUACCCCAGCUUCAAGCUCGUCAUCGUCGGCGACGGCGGCACCGGCAAGACAACCUUCGUGAAGAGGCAUCUGACUGGCGAGUUCGAGAAGAAGUAUGAGCCUACCAUUGGUGUUGAGGUCCAUCCAUUGGACUUCUUCACCAACUGCGGGAAAAUCCGCUUCUAUUGCUGGGACACUGCAGGGCAGGAGAAGUUUGGUGGGCUCAGGGAUGGAUACUACAUCCAUGGCCAGUGUGGUAUUAUUAUGUUCGAUGUAACUUCACGGCUGACAUACAAGAAUGUUCCAACUUGGCACCGUGAUUUAUGCAGGGUCUGUGAAAACAUUCCAAUCGUGCUUUGUGGGAACAAGGUUGAUGUGAAGAACAGGCAGGUCAAAGCGAAGCAGGUGACGUUCCACAGGAAGAAGAACCUGCAGUACUAUGAGGUCUCAGCUAAGAGCAACUACAACUUUGAGAAGCCUUUCUUGUACCUUGCCAGGAAGCUUGCUGGUGAUGCCAAUCUCCACUUUGUUGAAAGCCCUGCUCUCGCUCCCCCAGAUGUCACAAUUGAUAUGGUUGCGCAGCAGCAGCAUGAAGCUGAGCUGGCAGCGGCUGCAGCCCAACCAUUACCAGAUGACGAUGACGACCUAAUCGAGUAGAUGCUAUAUUGUGCUGCUUUACAUCGUCGCAUAAUGAGUCUUGUUUUGCACUCUCGUGUCCUAAGGAGUCCUAUGCACUUUGGGAUGAAGUUUUCGUAGCGGCCUGUAUGGGCUUUUAUCAACGUUUUCCAGAUCAGUACUCAUUGGGUUCCAGUAGAUGGUAUGAACUUGCUUCAGUUGGUAUAUAUGCACUAUUAAUGGUC